AUGGGUUGGGGAAGACGACGUAAAGGUCCUUCGACGACAAAUCAAUCAGAAGACAGCAAAGAGAAAGUUGUUAAACCCCUCAAAUCCGAUGUUCCAUUUGAUUCCAACAUCCAAACUCGCACCUAUUCGAAUGUUGAUUUCGAGGAGUAUUACAAGGAGCAACGGAUAGUGAGAACAGAGGAAUGGGAUUCGUUCAUGGAGAUUCUUCGAAAGCCAUUGCCUGCUGCUUUCAGAGUUAAUUCCAAUGGCCAAUUUUGCGAUGAGAUUCGGUCGAUAUUGGAGAAUGAUUUCGUGAAAUCUCUUCAGGCUGAGGCCAUAGAGAGUGGUGAAUUGGAGGCUAUAAAGCCCUUGCCUUGGUACCCUAAGAAACUUGCUUGGCAUUCUAACUUCUCUAGGAAGGAGAUUAGAAAAAAUCAGACUCUUGAGAGGUUUCAUGAGUUUCUAAAGUUAGAAACUGAGGUUGGGAACAUGACCAGGCAAGAAGCUGUUAGCAUGCUACCUCCUCUCUUCCUUGAUGUGCAUCCAGAUCAUUUUGUCCUCGACAUGUGUGCUGCACCUGGUUCCAAAACAUUUCAGCUUCUGGAAAUAAUGCAUGAAUCAUCAGAACCAGGAUCAUCUCUACCUAAUGGAAUGGUGGUGGCGAAUGAUGUUGAUUACAAACGAUCCAACCUUCUUAUUCACCAAACGAAGAGAACCUGUACCACCAACUUGAUGGUCUCUAACAACGAAGGUCAACAUUUCCCUAACAAGAUAGCCUUUGAUCGUGUCCUAUGUGAUGUCCCCUGUAGUGGUGAUGGUACUCUGCGCAAGGCUCCUGACAUAUGGCGAAGAUGGAACUCUGGGUCCGGUAAUGGACUUCAUAGUCUACAGGUUGUCCUUGCCAUGAGAGGUUUAUCUCUGCUAAGAGUUGGUGGGAGAAUGAUAUACUCAACCUGCUCAAUGAACCCAAUUGAAAAUGAAGCUGUUGUUGCUCACAUUCUGAGGAGGUGUGGAUGCUCUGUUGAGCUUGUAGAUGUCUCAGAUAUGCUUCCUCAACUUAUCCGCAGACCAGGUCUCAAGAAAUGGAAGGUGCAUGAUAGAGGUGGCUGGUAUACAUCUUACAAAGACGUUCCGAAAUCGCAGAGAGACGGAGUUUUAAAAAGCAUGUUUCCUUCUGGUAAAAGUGAUAAAGACUAUGAAGAUAUAGCUUCUGAUGAAUCAGCCGAGGAGGAAGUCUGUGAUCUUCCUCUUGAACGCUGUGUGAGGAUACUGCCUCAUGAUCAGAACACUGGAGGAUUUUUCAUCGCAGUCCUUCACAAAGUUUCACCUUUACCAGAGAUUCAGGAGAAACUAAUUCAGAGAAGAAACAGAAACUCAUCUGAGAAACCUCAAGAGAGUGUAGAGGAAAUAGUUGUAGAAGAAGCAUCUUCAGAGAAUGGUUUGAAACCGCCUGAGAAGGAGAGCACCAGCAAAGAAGGCACUAUAGAAUUGGCUCAAGAACUUGAUAAUAAGCGAAAGGCGUGGAAAGGCCUUGACCCUGUUGUUUUCUUGAGAGAUGAAGCAGUGAUCGACGGGAUCAAGACAUUCUACGGCAUCAGAGACGAAUCAUUUCCUCUGCACGGCCAUCUCGUGACCAGAAACAGUGACACGAGCAGCAAAGGCAGCGUGAAGAGGAUUUACUAUGUGUCGAGCUCGGUUAAACAUGUUCUUGAGCUUAAUUCUGCGGCUGAGCACAAGAUCAAGAUCGCAUCUGUUGGCCUGAAGAUGUUUGAGAAACAAUCGGCAAAAGAAUGUGAAGCCAAUUCUUGCUCAUUCCGGAUAACGUCAGAAGGAUUGCCAGUGAUCCUUCCUCACAUGACCAAGCAAAUACUCUACGCAACAAUGGUGGAUUUCAAGAACCUCCUGCAAUACAAAUCGAUCAAGUUCCAUGAUUUCGUGCUUCCAGAGUUUGGCCACAAGGCAGCAGAGCUAGCCCCGGGAUCUUGCGUGGUGGUUCUCGUCGACGGUAUUCAGAAGCUCGAGUCAGAAGCAGUGAGAGUGAAUUCGUCAACAAUAGCCAUUGGUUGCUGGAAGGGAAAGGCUAGCUUAACCGUUAUGGUCAAUGCUGUGGAUUGCCACCAACUUGUCCAGAGGCUUUCUGAUAGACAAAUGUCUAUGAACCUCACUACUUGA